AUGAAAGUGAUUGAAAAGCUCAAGAAGGGCGCAAAGAAAGCUGAAACGGCCUCCUGGCGUGGGUUGGCACCCGUCGGCAAUUGGGCCAACAAGCAGUCUCGUCGUGUCGGUGGUUCAGAAUUUUGGCCAGUCGGUUUGGAUAAGGAGUGCGAAAAGGCCGGAAACAUUUUGCGCAGCUUUGCACUCGACAGUGCGAGCAUGAUACUUCCAGAAGGCGGAAAAAAGAGCAGCAGUGACGACGCCAGUGCAACGAACAAACGUAAGCAGAAAAAUGAGCGGGCAACUCGCCAAGUCCCCGCCGCCGUGCUUCAUCAAGCCAGGGGCGUUGCAAUCUUCACAGUCUUCCGCACGGGCUUUGGAUUCUCCGGAGCUGGCGGCUCAGGCGUUGUCGUCUCCCGUCUGCCGAAUGGCUCAUGGAGCGGCCCUAGCGGCUUGCUGAUCCAUACGGCUGGCGUCGGAUAUACCAUCGGACUGGACGUGUACGAUGUCGUUCUGGUGCUUAGGACUGAGGAUGCCGUUAAAGCGUUUGCACAUCCUAGAGUAAGCGUCGGCGCUGACUUUGCAAUCACCGCUGGGCCUAUUGGAAGUGCUGCGCAGCUUGAUGUCGGCGUGACGGACAAAUCCAAACCAGUAUUUUCAUAUGUCAAAAGCAAAGGCAUGUAUGCCGGCGUUGCCAUAGAAGGCACGAUCAUUCUCAAGAGAGACGACGAGAACCGCCGCUUCUACAAUGCUGACGUUUCAGCGACCCAAAUUCUGUCAGGCGACGGUAGGACGUUCCCUCCUCCCACAGGCGCAAGGCCCUUGCUUGCAACACUCUAUUCCGCUGAGGGAAAAAUCGAGGUGAUGGGCACUACCGAUAUUCCGAGCGGCAAGACCACUGACGACCUCAGAGACUUUGACGAGGACCAAAAGCUGUUAACUGCAAACACUUCUGUGGCGAGGGGGUCAGUUGCUACGGAUGUUCCGAUAGGCGGCGUGCUGAAUAGUGAAGGCAAACGCCGCUUGCCACCAAUGCCAGCUGCUUUAGACGCUGAAGCUGCGAUUGCAGCAUCCUCGUCGACCGCAAGGGCAGCGCCUUUUGUUCCUUCUAUAGGGCCGCCGCAGAGCGCGGAUGAAGCCUUGGCCCUGCCUCCUUCCUAUACCUGA